AACCUAAAAAUCUCUCUUAUUUCCUCAGUCUCUCAGAUCUCUUCUCUCUGAGUCCCGUGUUGAAAGGCAAACCCAAUCCCAAUCCCAAGGGCUUGCCUACUUCAUAUCUCGGCUUUGAUCUUCUUUACUGCAUCCCAUCCGCAUAAAAACUGUUCAUUGCUUUCCUUCAUCUCUUAGUUGUCGCUCAUCCGCCGCUGCUCCCUGCCUUUGUUGUUGUGCCAAGAAGCAAUCCACCAGCUGCUGUUCUAUCCAGAAUAAAAUUUUCCUUCAUCUCGCAGUUCUUACACAGCCAUGGCAGACAAGAAGAGAAAGGCGAGAGACGACACAAAGCAGAGAACAGGGAAGGCCAACAAAAUGACCAAAAGCAAAUCAUUAAUCAACAAGAAUAAGAAAGUUGAUAAGAGAGAGAAUAGGAAGACUGGUCCUCGUUUGCCUGCUGCGCUGCUUAAGGAGCUUGAUCGCAUAAACCCUAAGGACCAAUUCGAUGGCGAGGAAGACGAAGAUAUUGUAUUUGAUGAGGGGAACGAAGUCUAUGAAUACGAGGAAGAGGUGCCUGAAGAGGAGUCCAGGAAGAAUCGUCGGUACGAUCCUGUCGAUAAUUAUGAGUACAAGCUACCCAAGCAAUUCAAGGAUGAGAAUGUGCAAUCAGAUGAUGAUGAUGAUAACAGUGACUAUGAUGGUGAUGUGAACAAGGCUGAGAAUAUUCAUGUUAAAAGGAAAAAUUUAGACCAACUUGAUGAUGAUGUUGAAGAGGAAGAUGAUGAAAGGCAUUCAAGGAUGUUGCAAGGAAUCACUGGAAUGCCAAUUGAGGCUUUUGAGGGCAAGAAGAAGAAGAAGGUUGUCAUAUCUGAGGCAUAUCCCGAGUCUGAAUAUAAUCCAAGUCGUGAUGUUUUAGAUGGUGAUGGCCACAUUACUAUUGAAGAUCUUUUAGGAAGUCUUCAGGGGAAAUCAGUUUUUAGCGAACUUCGGAAGAGAACACAUCAGAUGGAGAGGAAGUCUGCUCCUCUGCAAGGUCCACUUCCGAAGGGAGUUAGAGACAAGUUGGAGAGAAAGGCAGCUUAUGAGCACUCAAAGAAAGAUAUUACAAAGUGGGAGCCCUUAAUUAAAAGGAAUAGAGAGGCUCCUACUAUUAUUUUUGACAGAGAUAUAGAUCUUGGUUUUUCUACUGUGGGAGCAAUAGCUUCUGAAUUUGAACCUAGAACAGAGUUUGAGAAGAAGAUGGCUUCAUUAGUUUAUGAUGACAAGGUUAUGGAAGCUCACAAAGAAGAUGGGGCUAGACUUCUUGAAUUAAAUAAGAUAUCUGCUGAAGAUAUUAGAGACAAGUGGAAUAAUAUUGCUAAAAUGCGUAGCCUUCUUUUCCGUCAUGAAGUGAAGAUGAAACGCAUAAAAAAAAUAAAAUCCAAAGUUUAUCACCGCAUGUUGAAGAAAGAUAGAUCGAAAGCAUCAUCUCAAGAAAUGCUUAUGGAUCCAGAAGCAGCCAAGGAACAAGCAAUGAAGCAAGAGUUCAAACGGGCAGAGGAACGCAUGACUUUGAAGCAUAAAAACCGUUCAAAGUGGGCAAGACGCAUUUUAGAGCGUGGUUUAAAUGUUCAAGACGAAGGUACUAGAGCAGCUGUAGCUGAACAACUACACCAGCAUGCUCUUUUGACUAGGAAAAUGAACUCUAUGAAAGACAGUAGCAGCGAUGAAAGCUGUGAUGAGGAAGUUGAUGAAAUUUCUGCUGAUUCUGACCAUGAUGGGGCAUCUAAGAUGUUGGCAAAAGCAAAAGAAAAGACACUUAAAAUAUUAGAAGAGGAUGAUGAAGUGCCAAAUUCAGGAGUGCUUUCUUUACCUUUCAUGGUACGGGGAUUGAAAAAAAGGAAGGAAGAAGCUGCAGAAGAAGCUAAGCUUGCUCUAAAAGAGUAUGAAUCGUCAUUGAAGCAGCUGGAAGAUACAGAUGUGGCAGAAAAUACCCAAGUAGGCAAUGUGAGUGGUAGAAGAGUGUUUGGUGCAUCUAAAACACAGGUUACAGAACCAAAUAAUAAGAUAAAAUCAGACAAUAAUUACAGUAGUAGUGAUAGUGAAGAUGAAUUCAGAGACAAAGAAGAUUAUUCUGGCUUGGGCAGAACUAAUGUUGUGCAGAAGGAUGUUAAUGUUAAUUCUGUUUUGCUUAGUGAGGAUUCUGGGACUCGACGGGAUUCUGAGUUUAAGAGUUUUGACGAUAUUGUUGAAGACGCAGGUCCCAAGACAACCUAUGAAGUUGCUAUUUUUGCAUCAGACACCUGGAGAAAGAUGAAAAGCCAAAAUGAAGUGGGCACCAAUAUCGGAAGGUCUCCAAAGGUUGUUGAACCUGUUAUGCAAAAUCAAGAUGCAGGGGAAGUAGGUGAGGAAAGUGAUACAGAUGGUGAAGGGCAAAUGGUGGAUGGGAUUUUAUCUUCAGGCCCUAAAAGGUCUUAUGAACUCCCUUCUCAAGAAGAGCUUAUACGUGAGGCUUUUGCUGGGGAUGAUGUAGAAGAAGAAUUUACAAAGAGUAAGGAGGAAAUUUUGAAUGAGGAAAAUCCUGAGCCAGAAAAGCCUGUCUUACUUCCUGGUUGGGGCCAGUGGACUCAUGUACAGAAGAAGAAAGGAUUGCCUUCUUGGAUGGUGGAAGAGCAUGAAAUUGCCAAGAGGAAAAGGGAGGAGGCUCUUAAGAAAAGAAAGGAUGCACAUCUUAAACACGUUAUUAUCUCAGAGAAGUUAGACAAAAAGGCAGAAAAAUUGCAUGCCAAAACAUUGCCAUACCCUUUUACGUCCAAGGAGGUUUUUGAACAUAGCAUACGUAUGCCUAUUGGGCCUGAUUUCAAUCCUGCAACAGCAGUUGGGGCUCUUAAUCGGCCUGAAGUGGUGAAAAAACCGGGUUUGAUUAUUAAGCCAGUCAAAUUUGAAGAUGUGGAUCCUCAUGAAAGAGAGGAGCACAAAAGGAGUGGACAAAAGCAGAAGCCAAGGGUAAAUAGGAGCAGACAUAGAGUAAAGCCUGUGGUGGCGAAAUCAUGAGAAGGCGAAGAUAACUGAUGGUAGGUUUAAUUUGUACCAAUUCAUUGCUAUAAAAAUUUUUUCCCUCGAGUAAUGAGAAAGUUCCCAGUUUUAUAAUUUUUAGGAAGCAUAAUUUUGUUAUUUAAGUUAAAUAUUAAGUCCAAGCCAAAAGGUAGUUUUAAGAAAUCUCCAGUGAUCAGGAAACAAUAGAGCACCAGCACUGUAAUGGCGAUCAGAAAAUAGAGUAAUUAUUAUUAUUAUUAUU